AUGUUUGCUAUGGGUAGUAGCAGCAGCAGCUUCUCUUGGCUUGCUAGUAGUGUUUCAGUUGCACCUCUUUUGUUUGUGUACAGGAGGGGAGUAAUGUCUGAUGGCUGUAGAGAACUUGAGGAGUAUAACGCAACCGAAAUUUCAACAAAGGGACAGCCAGACUUCUUUGAUGGUGGCGAUUAUCUUUGUUCUCAGUGGGCAUCCUAUGGAGUCUUCAACUAUGUACUCGAGAAGUUGGCCAGACUGAUACAUGGAAAUAAUCAAAUAACUUCACUUGGUGCAGCCAUUGGACCUCACAACUGUGGACCAAGAUUAAAUUUGAGACUAUUGAUCAGCAAUUGCACAAGUGGUCUUACAAGGCUGGAUUGA